AUGGUUGACAUGACAACCAGUAAUAUAUUCAAUGAUAAUAACCAGACUGCUGUUUGGUUUGAUUUAAGCACAACGACUGUUUUGCCUAGUAGCAUAGCCUGGACUGAUUCUCCAGUAACUUCUAACAUAACAAUGACAACACCGAAGAAUAGCAGUCCCCUUUCGAGUGGAGCCAUUGCUGCUAUUGUCAUUUGUUCAAUAAUUGCUGGAGUUGUAGUUAUCAUUAGUGGAUAUUUUUUAUAUCGGUAUCGUUCGAAAAUCAACAAGAUCUGCCGGGAAAAAUUAAACCUAAAAGCGGAAGCAGAAGAAGUAGAAGACGAUGACGACGACGAAGAUGAACAUCGACCAUCACGGCGAGACUUAGUAAUGCGUCGCUCUAACAUAACGAGAACAAGUGGUUCAUCAACGAGUCUCAAUAUUCGACAAGUCGAAGAUUCUUCAAAAUGCGGUCCAACGGGCUGUGGAAAAUCAUCACUUCUAGACAUUCUAGCAGCACGAAAAGAUCCUCGUGGUUUAUCAGGGCGAGUCCUUGUCGAUGGAUUGCCCUUGCCAUCUUCUGUCAAGUAUAUGGUUGGCUACGUGGUUCAGGAUGAUAUUAUUAGUGGAACAUUAACUGUCCGCGAGAAUCUAAUAUUUUCAGCUAACGUUCGUCUGCCAACCAGUGUAUCACAGGAAGAACGACAAGACCGUGUCAAUAGAAUCAUUACACAGUUGGGACUUGAAGCAUGUGCCGAUACUCGCAUAGGUACUGAAUUUUUGCGAGGUGUUUCAGGAGGUGAACGAAAGAGAGCAUGUAUUGGUAUGGAACUGGUUCUCUCACCUAAAAUUCUGUUUCUCGAUGAACCUACAACAGGUCUUGAUGCAUCGACUGCCAGCAAUGUAAUGAACUGUUUACAUCGAUUGUCUAGGCAAGGCUGUACAAUCAUCUUUUCAAUUCAUCAACCUCGUUUUUCAAUAUUCAAUUUAUUUGACACUACUGUUCUCCUCUGUAAAGGCAAAUGUAUCUAUCAAGGCUCACCCAAUCAGCUUGUUAAAUAUUUUGCUUCACAGAGUUAUCAAUGUCAUAAACAUGAUAAUCCUGCUGAUUUCGCUUUGGAUGUUCUAAUUCAAGCAUCGAAAACGAAAGAAUCUCUUCGUAAAUUGACUAGAGCGUAUAUUACUUCACCAAUGCAUGCUCGCAUGGAGGAACUAGUUGCCGAUCUGGACCCAAAUGAAGAUGAAAUUUAUGGUGUAAACGAUGAACGACCGGAUGCAGAACAUCGUUCAUUCAGAAGCGAAAUCUACUAUGUUGCGCAGCGAACAUUGAAAAAUGCCAUAAGAAAUCCUCAAUUGGCUCUUUCACAAACUGUUGUAGCCGUUGUUCUUGGUUUUCUUGUUGGUCUGGUAUUUUAUGAUAUGGAACUAACGAGGGAAAGGGGCGUUCAGAAUCGUUUGGGUGCCAUUUUUUUCAUUACCGUUAGCCAAGUUUUUAGUACAGUGACUGCUCUCGAACCGUUGCUCAAAGAACGAGUUCUUUUUAUUCAUGAGAAUGUAAGUGGAUAUUAUCGGACGUCGACUUUCUUCAUUGCUAAACUCGUCUGUGAUAUUUUACCAAUGCGUGUUGUACCGUCUGUUAUUUUCUCAAUCAUUGCAUAUUUUAUGAGUGGCCUUCAUCGAACAGCUGGUCAAUACUUUGUCUUUCUCUUAACAAUCUUUAUGUCAACAGUUUUUGGUUCGGCUCUGUGUUUUCUUGCCGCUGCAUGUAUUCCAAUGUUCGCUGUUGCUCUCAUCAGCGUCGUUCUUGUCUUUGUUAUAAUGAUGGUAUUUAGCGGUUUUCUAGUCGAUUUGGCGACAGUUUUUGGAUGGUUAUCGUGGAUUCAAUGGAUCAGUGCUUUCAGAUAUUCUUCAAAUGUUCUAACCAUCAGUGAAUUUCGUAAUUUAACAUUUUGUGAAACCAAGAAUAUGAGCUGCCUGUUUCCGCUAACGGGCGAGCAAGUGCUUGACAGUCGGGAUCUUUCUCAUGCAACAGAUUGGGACAUGUGGAAACAUUUUUUGGCUCUGACAGGGAUGGCCGUGUUCUACUUAAUCCUUGCCUACAUUCAACUUGUUCGAAUUAAAAAAACAAAAUAA